UACAGGUAUGUUCAGCACAAUAAACGGAACGCGAACAACGUUAAAGUUAGUUUAAACUUUUUACAAAAGUAUACACAUUCUAAACGGGCAGGUGUAGAAGAUAGUGGUAUGCGCGCGCGCAUCUUUCAAUUAAGAUAGACUUAAAAUAAAAAGAACAAAAAAAAAACUUUAAUAAGAAACGGGGAAUUUUUAAUUAGUAAUAAAAAAAGUUUUAAUUUGAGUUUAAUUUGUAGACGAUUGUGUGUGUGUGUGUGUUGUAAACAAAAUGAAACGUCUUAAAAGUGUAGCUCGUAUUAGUUUUGAUUUACUAAUAUUCGCUGGCUUAUGCUUAUCGGAAGUGGCUUUGCGUAAAUGGUUUAAGCCCUACAAACGUGGUUUCUUUUGCAACGAUGAAUCACUGCAGUAUCCCUAUCGAGAAAGUACCAUUGGUACGGUGUUAUUGGUGGCUAUAGUUUUGGCUGUACCCUCUUCGGUUAUGAUAGUAGUGGAGUUAUUUAAACAGCUUUCACCUACGCCCAUUGAAAAAAGGAAGUCGUCACAACAGGCCAAUACUAAAGUGGGCUGUCGUAUUGGUGAACGUUUAAUGCACUGUUAUAUGCAGAUAGGUUAUUAUCUUUUUGGUUUGGCCUUGUGUUUGGUCUCUACCCAUAUUACCAAGUAUACAGUGGGCCGUUUAAGGCCUCACUUUUUUGCUGUGUGUCAACCUCAACUACCGGAUGGUUCUACUUGCAAGGAUUCCUUUAACUUUGGCCGUUAUAUAGAGGUUUAUGAGUGUGUGGGACAAAAUCAUACGGCUAAUACUUUAGCCCAGCUGGGACAAUCUUUUCCCAGUGGUCAUGCCAGCAUUUUCUUUUAUAGCAUGGUAUAUUUGGCCAUUUAUCUGCAGGCAGCUUUAAGCACUCGAGCCUCGAAAUUGUUAAAACAUUUGCUGCAAUUUAUAUUCAUUAUGUUUGCCUGGUAUGUGGCCUUGACACGCAUUUCCGACUAUUGGCAUCAUUGGUCCGAUGUGGUGGCUGGCACUAUUUUGGGUUCUUUAAUUGCCUUUGUGGUGGCGGUAUUUGUGGCUAGAAUCUUUGUAAGAAAACCUAUUAGAAGUAAUGGCAAUGUGGCACCUAAACCUCCUGCUAAACCGGCUGCCUCACCUACCAAUUCAUCUGCUAAAUCAAAUAAUUCACCGCCCGUCUUGCCUGCCUAUACCUUUGGUACUUUGCCCUACUUGCCGCAUCCUCAUGCUGCCACAGCGGCUGCUGUAGCUGCCGCUGCUGCCCAGCAACAGGCUCAAUAUGCCCAAACCUAUCACAAUUAUGGCUACGUGCCUUAGACUUGCCACCAACAACAACAACAACUACAAAUGCUUCAUGAUAAUACUGGUAAUGAUGAUCGUGAUGAUGACGCUGCUGCUGCUAUUGCCUGCCGUUGUUGCUGAUGUGAAAGUAGUCAAACGUGUGAGAGCCUUUUAACAAACAAAAAAAACAACAUGUUGCAUGCACCAAAAACAUGUUAAGAAUUAAAAAUUUUUUCGUGCCUAUUUUUGGUUGUUUGUUUUUUUUAUUAUUAUUUUAUAUUAUUUUUAUUAUUUUUUAAGUUUUAAAUUAAUCUUUAACGAAAAACUUGUCUUCACUUAGUUAUAGUUAGUUAGUGUGUGCAACCAAAUAUAGCAAAAAAACAGCCACAAAAUGCUGUACAUAUUUGUUGAAAACAAAAACUGUGUAAUUUUGUAAUUUGUGUGUGUGUGUAUGUGCAUUUUAUAUGCCUUCAUUUUGUUAUUAAUUAUUUUUUUUUUAAAUAGUGCUGCCUGCCUGCUGUCCACCUUCAAUAUCUAAAUGUUUUCUUGAUUGCUCUGUCUCUUUGGUUUAGUAUAGUCUGUAUAUAGUUUUGUAAGUUUUCGUUUGUUUUUUUCUCCACUUUUUGUAAUAAAGUUUUACUUAUUUGUAGCUCGUAUGUAAGUUACAAAACACAGUGGAAGCUCUUAAAAUGGGUUGGAAUCCAAAAAUGGAGUUAUAGGUUUUGUUGGGAUGGUGUAAGCCAAAUGUUCAAUUGGAAAAUUAAAUGUAUUAGUAACCUAAUGAUUGAGUUAAGGUGGUUUAAAUUGUAGUAAUUUUCACAAUUUGUUGUAGAUUUGAAAUAAGUUGUGUGUUGCCACAAAGCUCUGAAAUGUUUUACCAUCAUCAGACUUAAAAAAGUCUCCAAAAGUUCUCCAAGUUCCGAAAUAGUGAUCAAAACUGUAAGCUUUUCAAUAGGACCGCUCCCUAGGACGACUUAACGGAAUUUCAAUCUACGAUCUAUUAAUUUUUAACUGCUCAUUUCAAAGAGUAGAUAGGAACUUCGAUAUCAUUGUAUUUCCUAACCUAAUUACCCAAAUGUCUUCAUGAACAACUUUUAAAAUUUUUCUUAUUCAAAAAUAUUUCAUUUAGUUGCAAACUACAAGAGAAUUCUUCGUUCUCAAUCAACUGGCUCAAAGGUAAACUGGACCAUAUGUAUUUCGGGAAAGACUACAUCACAUUCGGUCAAUGAUUUGCUAUAUAAUGACACUAAAUACUAGACUGCGAAGUAACUUCAUUCAAAUACAUUGAUUUGUAGACAAUGGGUUCCUUAUUCUGAAAUUAUCGGCAUUAUGGUCGUUCUAAAA